AUGCCUGCUGCCCAACAAGCUGAUCCCGACAUAAGCAAGCUACGACGUAACACCACCGAGACGAUCACCAUCGAUCGACUCCAGCCAGAAUUCUUCGACAAGUCUGACUCUUCGGCGCAACAAGCACCUUCACAGCCUGCGCCAUCACAGUUGGCACCUCAAACUCAGACGAGUCAGUCCGCUCCAGCAGAACCGACAACCACAAGCGACAGCGCUUCUACUCGCCCUGCUAUCGAUCUACGCGGUAGGAAACUCAAGCCUCCAGUUCGUUUUUCGGACUUCGUUAGCACUUACUAUUUUACGUAG